AUGGACUUUUUGAAUAAAGUUGGGGAUAACAGCAGGCCGAACGGCUUUCCUCUGCUUUUCGGUAUUCUGUCAAGUUUACAUUAUUUAUUGAAGCGAAUUUUUUUUGGUAUGAAUAACUUAACUUUCAGGCAAAUCUGUUGA